AUGUCAGUGGGCAGCUGCUUGAUUGUCUCUGGCCAUCCAGUGAUGAUGGUCUCUCUCAGCUGGUUAAGCAAAGGAUCCGCUGUUGUACAGUUUCUCAGUUGUUCAAUGCGAUCAGUGGAGAAACGGACAGUAUCAAUCCGUUGCAGGCGUGCCGAGGCUGAGUUUUUGUCUUUUUUCCUUUCUUUCUUCUUCCUUGCUACCAUUGAAUUAUACGUGACUCUGUGGGUCCCAAAUAAUAAAGGUAAUCACAGACCUCCUAAAUUCUCUGGCAAAGAAGUUGAUCUUGUUUUUAUUCUUGACCGAUCAGCCAGUAUUUCUUCCCAGGGAUGGAGUUCAAUGGUCACAUUCAUUCGGUCACUCCUUGAACAUUUCUCUGUGACAAGUGACCACACUCGUUUGGCCAUUAUCACCUACAGUUCAUAUGCAUCCUUAGAAAUCCGUUCCUUACGCUGGAAUAGUACCUGGAAUACGACAGCAUUUGGACCUCAAGUGGAAAUAUAUGCAUUUGGAAUCAAAGAUGCUCACCUACCUGAGCUCAAGUCUAUUGCUUCUCAAAUCUCAAAUCACACUUUUUUUAUCCCGGAUUUUAAGACAUUUGCCAGUCUUGCAAGACAGUUACAUAAUGAUUCUCAACCUGAAGUAUGGGAAAUUGCAAGUCACAAAGAUUUGUGCAACAAUAAAUGUUCAAAGCAUGCAGUGUGUGCAUGUGGCACAAGGAUCGGACAAUACCAGUGCAUAUGUAAGGCUGGAUAUGAAGGUGAUGGAAUUCAGUGUAAAUUGUGUGAAAAAGGUUUCUACAAGGAAUCACUGUGUCCUGGAAGAUGCAAACCUUGUCCAGCCAAUUCAACAACAAAUUAUGUUGGUUCAGAGCAUAUAAGAGAUUGUUCAUGUCAUGUUCCUUAUUAUAGGGAGUCUCCAAAUGAUCCAUGUCAACUGCGUCAAUGCAGCUCACUGCCUGAAAUUGCUAAUGGUUUCAGUUUCCAUGUCAAAGGACGGAUAACAGAUGAAAUUUCCCACACUGGAGUACCUUGCAAAAACAGCCCUGGAGAUUCCUGCCAUUAUAAAUGUGAACCUGGCUACAGGUUGACCAGUAAUCCAGUGCUGAUCUGUGAAACCAACGGAUUAUGGUCGGGAGUUGUUCCAGAAUGCAAAAUUGUCGAUUGCAAAAAGCUGUCUGAAGUUGGAGAAAAUGUCAGCAAUGGAUUUGAUGAAUACAUCAAUGAAACAACAACAUAUGACUCAAUGGUAAAAGUAAGCUGCAUGCCAGGUUGGCAACCCUUUGGUGAUACUCUACGUAAAUGUAAUCAGCAUGGUGUCUGGUCUGGCACAAGGACUUGGUGUGUGGAGGCAAAAUGCAAACCUCUCCCAAAAAUUAAAGGUGGGGAAAUUUCACCUCCGAAGUGCACUGAAACAACACUUAACCCAGGAAAAAUAUGUCGUUACAAAUGCAAACCAGGUUAUCGUUUGAUUGGCCCUUCACAAAAGAUUUGCGGGAACCAUGGUCAGUGGAAUACUUCUGAGGAUUCAAGAUGUGUGGAUGUUGAACCACCAUCACUGCGAUGUCCUGCUGAUAUGGAAGUAUCUGUUGGUGCAGAGGGAUAUGCGACGGUCCAUUGGCAAAAUGAGAAGCCAAGUUUUAGUGACAAUUCUAAUUAUGCUAAGUUGACAUAUUAUGGUCUAAACAAAAGUCCAGCACAAUUGAAAAUUGGAUUCCACCAAGUGGAGUAUGUUGUUAAAGACAGGGCACAUAACAAUGCUUCCUGCAUUCAAAAGAUCAAAGUUCUUGAGGAUAUAGUGCGAGUGCUGUUCUGUCCAGAGAACAUCUCCAAAAUAGAUGUGGAGAACUAUGAAGUUUCUGUCUCAUGGACUGACCCAGUUUUUGUCAACAAAGAGAAUGUCUCUGUGCCCCAUGAGUGCACACAUGUCAAUGGGAACAAAAUGACCAUUGGACAUCACAAUGUUCUAUGCUCACCUGUAACGAAUUCAGGAAGUGGUGCCAGAUGUCGGUUUUCUGUCAGUUUGAAAAGAAAAACGUGUGUGAAACGAAAACCACCAAAGAAUGGAGGAGUCGCCUGUAGUGAAAGUGACAUCUUCUUACUGAGCUGUUCUGCUUUUUGCAAUAUUAAAUAUGAUUUUGUUACAACAGCAGAAAAGUCAUAUGUAUGCAUGCUAAAUGGGGAAUGGUCUCCUCCUGAACUCUGGCCUGAUUGUUCAUAUGAGCAUAUCCCUGGUUCAGCUGCUAUGCAUGGCCAAAUAGAAUAUUAUUAUUAUUAUGGGGAUUGCAAUACAGCUAAGAAACAUAUUGCAAAGAAGUUCCAGGAAAAAUUAAAAAAUGAAAUGCGAGAUCAUUGCAAGGAUGUGACAUGCAGAAUCGGUAAUAUUAGUGUCAAAAUGUAUCAUUUUGUCAGUAUAGAGAUUGAAUCAGACUGUGAAAAGAAAGGCAUGGUAACUGUUGACAGUGUGGGUGUAAAGAAAUGCUUAAACUGCCCAGUUGGCUUUUAUUAUAUCAACUCUACAUACUUUUGUAAACCUGGCACCUAUUCUUCAAAUGGUUUUGCCCCAUGUGAAGAAUGUGAGAUUUCAACCUAUCAAGAUAAAUCUAAUUCCACAUCCUGUGUAAAGUGUCCUGAUGGUCAGGUCACUUCAAAGACAGGAUCUACCAGAAAGUCUGACUGCAGCAUUUCAUGCUCUCCUGGAAGCUACAACAAUAAGACUGGCCUCCAGCCUUGUAUAUUAUGUCCUAUACAUACAUACCAACCAAAUGAAGGAGCUACUGAAUGCUAUUUAUGCCCUCGCAAUAGCAAAAGCAAAAAACCUGGAGCCAAAUCUUUUGAGGAUUGUUUAUAUGAGGACCAUUGCCAAACAAACAAGACAUCUAAGCCACAUAUUUGCUUAAAUGGUGGUACAUGUCAUAACAACUUCGAUAAUUUUACAUGUGAAUGCGCUGAUGGAUUUACUGGCAAGAUCUGUGAGGAAAAUAUCAAUGACUGUGAUGGACAAGUAUGCCAUAAUGGAGGUACCUGUCUUGAUGGAAUAAAUGAUUUUAGCUGCAAGUGUCAGGCUGGCUAUACAGGCUUUCUUUGUGAUCAAGAAGUCGAUGAAUGUGAAUCUUCUCCAUGUCAAAAUGGUGGGUCAUGUGAAGAUCGUUUCAAUGCAUUUAAAUGCUACUGUUUACAACAGUAUACAGGAAAGCUAUGUGAGACCCGAAUCAACUUGUGUGCACCCUCUCCAUGUAAAAAACAUGGGACUUGUGAAAAUACUGGAUAUGGCUACAAGUGUCACUGUAACUCUGGCUAUGCAGGAGCCAACUGCAGUGUUUUGAUUGACCAGUGUAUAUCUUUGCCUUGUAUGAAUGGUGGAACCUGUAAACAAGUGUUGAAUACUUUCACUUGCAGUUGUCCUGAAGGAUACAUUGGUAACCUAUGUGAGAAAGAUGUUGAUGAGUGUGCGAGCAAACCAUGCCUUAAUGGUGGAAGCUGUGUUAACCUUCGUAAUGAUUACCAUUGUUUAUGUGCUGGUGGCUUUGGUGGCAAAAACUGUCAAAAUGAAAUCAGUGCUGAUUUUGAUUUGGUAUUCCAACAACAGUCUACCAAAGACUAUGUUCACCUAAGGAUGUUUCCUAAUCCUGAAGAGAUCAGUGUAUGCUUCUGGAUGCGAACACUGGAUGUAAGCAGCAUGGGAACAAUUUUCUCCUACAGUGUAGAAAAUAAUCAACCUUACAACUCAGACACCUUUACACUCUAUGAUUAUGGACGGUUACAGUUAUUUGUCAAUGGUCAGCAUUUGAUUAUUGGCUUGUCUUUGAAUGAUGGUCUGUGGCAUCAUUUGUGUAUAACAUGGAGCAGUGUCCAAGGGGAAUGGUAUUUAUAUAUUAAUGGCACUGAAGCUAAACAUGGUCAAGGAUUAGCAACUGGAUUCAAAUUGCCUUCAGGUGGAGACUUUCUGAUUGGACAAGAUGCAAAUGUCUUGUUUGGUGCUGCCAACAUUGUUGAAUCUUUUGUGGGUGAGCUAAGUCAAUUCAAUGUCUACAACCAUGUGCUCACUGAGAUGGAGAUAAGAACCUUGGGUAACUUUUCAAAAUGUAACACAGCUUUUGGCAAUGUUCUUGCUUGGAGUCAAGUACCUCUUAGGACCAGGGGAGAUGUUCAUAUAAGGAAUAAUUCUCAUUGCCUUGAUAUUAAUGAGUGUCUGUUUCCAAUUGUGUUCCAAUGUGGUCAGAACAAACUCUGCAAUGAUAUGGUUGGUGGCUAUGAGUGUAAUAAAUGCAUGUAUGGCUACAAGGGUCCUGAGUGUGAUGAAGCAAUUGAUGAAUGCACAUUAGGUGUAUGCCUCAAUGGAGCCCAGUGCACAGAUGGUCCUGAUCCUUAUGACUACACCUGCUUCUGCACUGUAAACUUCUCUGGUCCAACCUGUGCUGACCAGCUAACACCUUGCCCUGCCAAUAACCGAUGUAGCAACAGCACUACCUGUGUGCCAGCUAAGAAAGGCUAUACAUGUGAAAACAAAAGUGGCUCCACGAAUCCAAGGAGUUCAACUAUUAACUGCAAAUCUAUGAAUCCUUGUGAAAACGGUGGAAUAUGUAAGUCUAGACGUGGUAAACCAGACAAAUGUGUUUGUCAGCCAAUGUGGAAAGGGGAGUUUUGUGAUGUUGCCUUCCAGCCUAAUUGUGAUCUUUCUCCUUGUCUAAAUGAUGGGACAUGCAUACCGGAACCAGGCAGUGUACGUGGCUACAGAUGUACCUGUCCCAAUCACUCUUAUGGACGUGAUAAACCAGUUCAUUAUGAUGCCAACUGUGCCUUGAAAAAUCCAUGUGACUCAAAUCCAUGUCAAAAUGAUGGCUACUGUUUGAAAAAAUCUAAUGGCAAAUUCACUUGUGCUUGCAGGGCCCCUUACCAUGGUGAAUUUUGUGAGAUGGGUGGCUCCUCCAAUGACAGUUUUGAGAAUUUACACUGUGAUGACAGCAUGAAGUGUUAUCAUUCUGGAACAUGUCAACGAACUACAGAUGGCUUUUGGUGCCAAUGCCCACUUAGUUACUCUGGAUAUUACUGUGAAACUGAACUUAGACAAGUGAAGAAAAUGUACAAAGUGACAGUAGAAGUUGUCUAUCCCAUUUCUAAAGCCAAUAACAAAAAUUUUAAAGCUCGAUUUUCAAAGCAGAUAAAUUCAAUCUACCAUCAAGCACUUAAAACUUCCCAGAUGCAAAUUGAUAUAAAUAAAUUAAGACCUGGUUACACCUACAAUGAAACUCUGGUGGAGUUUACUCUGACAUUUAUUGAGUAUCUGCAUCCUGAAUAUGGAAAGGAACACAUCAACAGUUAUGAUGUAAAGAGGGUUAUUGAGGAUUCCUUACACAAUCGAAAGUUGGGAAAUCUUCCAGCCUCACAUCGAAAUUUUAGCUUUGAAGAAAAAGAAGUCAUAAUAUUUCCAUCUGCCAUCAGCAUUUUUUUUUAUGUACUGAUUUCUAUUGUGGUUGUGGCAGUUGCCAUUGGUAUUUGGAUUUACCUGAGAAAAUUCUACCCAAGAAAAGAGAAGCCAGUCUCUCAUGAUUUGAACAACUGGAAUCAGAUGCAGACCAGCAACCCAGCCUACAGCCCCAACACAAGACGAAGACCUCCACCUCCUAUUCCACUAGAAGAGAGUCCUUAUGCUGAGCUGUCAGAAGUGGUGCCAUGUCAAGCAGAUAAUGGUAAAAUUUCUCCAAAGGCAUCAAAUCUAAACAAUCAAUUUAAAAUGGAAAAUGCUGCCACAGCAAAGAUAAUGGAUGAAGAGGCUCUGGACUCUUUCUACAAAAUCAGUCCCCUGACUCCUGUGCCUCGGCCUCGACCGCGAUCACCUGCACAGAACAGAAUGUUAUCAAACAGAGAGUUACCUCCCUUGCCAACACGAAAAAAACGGUGA